GUCUUCCAUCUACGUUGUAGAAAUUUGCCCCAAAACAGCCGAAGGCGAAAAGCAUGUACGGGCUGAGCGACUCAGGGGGGCUGAAUGAAGACCCCAAGAAGACCCCGGUCCGUUCGUCCGUGGCGGCGUGGCUAGCUCUGGUUGUUGAUCUGCCGGCUCGCCCCACCGCCUGCCUGGCCAGCGAGCCUGCCGCAUCCAAGUGGCGUGUCACGUACCCGGCGGGGCCUACAAUCCCCACCGUCUCCAACCCAAACAAGUGAUUACGCCGACGGGGUUGGGGGGGGUGGGUGGGUUUGGUCCCCGCCACUUACCCGCCUGCUACCGAGGACAUGCAUGGUGCGCACUGGGCGCCAGGCGGGCGCCAGGUUACCCGGCGCCCCCCGUGUUCAGUGGCUGACCUCGCUACGUGUGCGGACAAUGUCAUUGAGGGUGGAGACGGCAUGGUCGUGGAGUAUAUUGCAGUAUGUAGACGGAGGCAGCCGUGGAGCGGACGCCUAGUUUGUGCAGCAGCGUGGGGAGGUCGACUCAUAUGAUGCCUCUUGCUGAGUGUAUUUGACUUUCCACCCUGCCCUGCGUAGGAGGCGGGUGAGCGUGUCGUGUUGCUUGGCCUUACUUGGCGUGGGCCUUGGCGGUGGGUUUAGGUCGGCACAGGAAUUAACUUUGAGGAUGUGAAGUCUGUGGUCCCAACUGGCUGGGUGAAGGCUGGGUGAAGGCGGGACAUCAGGGUCGAGGGGAAUGGUGGGAAUCAGUAGGAUAUCCGGCCGUACGUAGCUUCCUGCGGAGGCCGUACGUCUGGGCAGUUGGGAAGUAACCAUACAUUCCGGUAGGCAAGCGUCGAAUACAUACUUUGGAAGGUCGGCCGUGCUGGUCGCGUCCAUGAUUUUGAAGCAGCCGCCGGGUGGCACGCGCGCGAUGUGGUGCAUGUAUGUAUGAUGGUGCGGAAGCCUCUAUUGUACCGGCUGAUGUAAAGCUAGCUUUCG